AUGAACGUCGUAGCCUUAUUUGGUACGAGGUUGGUUCAUAGAGUUCCAUGUAUCCUGGGAGUUUCGAGGAAAUUGUGUGACUAUAGCUCUGAUGUGGAUGCCAUGAUGGAUAAUGGGUUCCAGUUGAUUGAAGAGCCCCUCAAGAUGACGUGGGGGGAUUCAGGACCCGAUUCUCGAAGUGAAUUCGAGAUCCACAUCGAGAGUCGUUGGUCUGAGAGGCAGCAAGGUAGGUUCCAGGCUGAACGUGUGAUUGAAGUUCUAAUGCAAGAUGGUCCUGGAGUUGACACUAUAGCAGCGUUAACCGAGCUUAACAUGAAGGUGUCGUGGAUUCUUGUGAGAGAGGUUCUUGUGGGGAUUUUGAGGACCAUAAAUCCUGACAACAAAGCGAGGUGGGCGAAGUUGGGGUAUAAGUUCUUUUUAUGGUCUGGUCAGCAGGAAAAUUACAGGCACUCGUCAAGUUCCUACAAUCUGAUAAUGAAGAUUUUUGCAGACUGUGAUGAGUUCAUGGCCAUGUGGAGGCUGGUCGAUGAGAUGACUGAGAAUGGUUUCCCAACUACAGCACGAACUUUCAACAUAUUAAUUUGUACUUGUGGUGAGGCAGGUUUGGCUCGAAGAGUUGUGGAGAGGUUCAUUCAAUCAAAGACGUUUAAUUAUAGACCCUUCAAGCACUCCUAUAAUGCAAUUAUCUGCUCGCUUCUUGGAGUUCGUCACUACAGGUUGAUUGACUGGGUGCAUCAGAAAAUGUUGGGCCAGGGUCUUUACCCAGAUGUUCUAACUUAUAAUGUCAUCAUGUGUGCAAAGUAUCGGUUGGGGGAGUUAGGCCAGGUCUGGAGGAUGGUGGAUGACAUGGUGAGGAAUGGAUUUUCACCGGACUUCCACACCUACAACAUAAUUCUUCAUGUUCUUGGUAAAGCUAACAGACCAAUAGCUGCACAUAAGUUAUUGAUCCACAUGAAGGAAGAAGGUAUUGAUCCUUGUGUUCUCCACUACACCACGCUAAUGGAUGGACUGAGUAGGGCUGGCAAUUUACAAGCAUGUGAAUGGUUUUUGGAUGCGAUGAAGAAGAAUGGAUGUUUGCCUGAUGUUGUUUGUUAUACUGUAAUAAUCACAUCAUAUGUAGUGGCUGGAGAGUUUGAAAAGGCUCAGGCCAUGUUUGAUGACAUGACCGCCAAAGGCCAGCUGCCAAAUGCAUUUACUUACAAUUCAAUGAUUCGUGGGUAUUGUAUGGCAGGGAAUUAUAAGGUGGCGAUUUCUAUGCUUAAGGAGAUGGAAUCCAAAGGCUUGAUCGGAGAGUUUAGUCAGCAACACGACGCUCCAUGCGUAAUGAAGUUGCUAGGACUGAGCAGCCGCAUUUCUGUGGCAAGUUGCAUUCCUGUUCAUAUGGGGCUGCUUCUCCAAUCUCUAGUCAUGUUACUCAACACAACAUUGGCCCAGAAAGCCAACAGCAUCAAUCUUCAGAAAUUUUUGCAGCACGACCAUGUCGAAUAAUGCUGAUAUUGGGUUAACAGCAAAAACCCCCUUUAGAAUUUCCAACUGGUGCCAAGAAGAAGCGAGAAUCACGAAGCGGAAAGAACGAGGGCGCCUUGUGUGUUGAAGCAGUUCGCUUCUUCACAUUGCAGCUUGAGCAUCAUGCUUGCUAUUGCUGGAAAGUUGGCCUCGUUUCUCUAAUCUCCACUGCUCACAUUCUUAGCAUCUAGCGACUGUGAACUUGUGAUCGCCUUGUCUUGCACAUGAAUAUGCUGUAGACUGAGCUCAACUUCUAGGAACUAGAAGUGUUUUUACUUUCGAUAAACUGCGGUCUUACACAAAAGACCCUAUUCUCCAUCAUAUUUGAUGGGUGAAAUGUACACACACUGUAAAAUUUUGAUCCUUCCAUGAAUAGAAGCCAUUUUUAAUA